UUAUUACGCUUACCGCGAAAAGCCAAGAGAAAUAAGAAGAAAAUAGAAUAAAUUAUAGAGCUUUUGUUUAAUAGUAUUAAAGCGAAAAUGUUGUCAGAACGUAAUUUUAUAUUGAGCCUAUGCAAUUAUGACGACCAACUUGCAGACUCAGAUGAUAUCUCAAUUAAGAAAUUAUGGACAGGUGAAUGGACUAUAGAAAACCAAGAUUUGUGCAAAGAAUUGUUGGAUACUAAACUCGAUUCUACUGAACUUACAAAACUAUUGAAAACAUAUGCAGAGAACGAAAACAAACUUCGAGAAAUAUUCUACCUAGCUGUCAAUGCUUUCCUAACGUACACUGAAAGAAACUGGAGUCCCCACUCUGAAAAAUUGGAGUUACAAAAAUAUUUAGGUACAGAAUGGCCUGAAGAUAUACAUGUCAAUAAGAAGCUGCAGAGGGACUCUGAACCUAUUUUUGUAAACAUUUUGUACUCAGAGUUACUGUAUUUUGCAAAUCAAGUUUUUUCUGGUUUGUAUAACAUUGACCAGAAUUUGCUCUUCCUCUGGUGGACAUUCAGAAGCAAAGUAGUCCAUCAAAGAGCUCUAGAAGACACCAGUGCUUCUAUAUAUUCAGAGUUAGAAUUGCUAAUUGCCAAACUAACUAACGAGCUACAAAACUUGAGCACUAAAAGGUUGCAGAUAUUGUUAUGCAUGGAGAUUGCGCAGGCGUAUCUGCUGUAUGGAAGGGUACAGAAGGUCGAGGAGUAUUUGAUUAAGGCUCGUGAAGUAGCAGGAUUGAGAUUGGAGUUGAUUGGUAUACUUGGAAAAAGAACGAGGUUCCAACAAACUGCUCUGCCCCAAUUAGCACUAUCCAGUUCAUUAGACACUGAAACGUCACGGCCAUCAGCAGAGGAAAGCCACAGCGCUUCAGAACUGCCUCUUGAUGUAGAGUUGCACGACGACGUGAGGCUAAACAAGAUUGAAUAUAACGAGAAGAUCAAUCAAACUGAAUUGCCGAGUUUGGAGCAGACACUUUGUUUGUUAACUAUUCAAUACAUUCAAAAAUCACAACCCAAAGAUGACCUAACGACGGAAGAACUUCAGCCCUACAUUGAGGCAAUAGUAUCUCAAAAGAGUGGUCCAUGGUCUACGCGGGUGGCUGCUUUACUGGUCCGCUGCAAGCUUGAAGCCAAUCAUAAGAGAACUGUGGAAAGAGCUAUGCUGCAAUGUGAGACUAUAGUCAAUGAUAAGAAAGCUGUUGCUCCAUGUAGCAGACUUUCCUAUAUCUGGGCGUCUGGUCUACAACCAGCUUGGACGUGGCGGCAGCAGCUCGCGGACCUAUACCUCAGCUUAGGGCUGGUAAAGGCAGCGCUGGAAGAAUACCAGAUCUUGCAACUAUGGGAGGAUGUCAUUGUCUGUUACACCUGCUUGCAGUUGAGGCACAAGGCAGCGGAAGUAAUACGGCAGCAAAUAGAUAUUCAGCCAACAGUAAAACUGUAUUGUCUACUUGGAGAUGCAACAGAUGACGUAUCGUGCUACGAAAAAGCGUGGGAUUUCUCUGAGCAUAAAAGCAGUAGGGCGCAAAGGCAUUGGGGCAAUUUUUUGUUUGACCACAAGAAUUAUGAAGAGUGUAUACCGCAUUACGAAAAGUCGGUUGAGAUCAACUCUAUUCAGGAAAGCGUCUGGUUGAGAUUGGGCUUCGCAGCUCUAAUGGUGGAGAACUGGGAUUUAUCUGCGAAGGCGUACCGCCGUUACACGUACUUGCAACCGAACUCUUUUGAGGCCUGGAAUAAUCUAGCCAAAGUUUACGUGAAACAGGGUGAUAAGAACCGAGCGUACAGAGCUUUGAUGGAAGCGCUGAGAUUUAAUUAUGAUAAUUGGAAGUUAUGGGAAAAUGUAAUAAUAGUGAGCAUGGACACCGGCCAUUUCGAUGACGUCAUACGGGGAUGCCAUCGCAUGCUGGAUCUGCAGCACAAGCUGGAUGACGUAGAAGUGUUAUCUUUACUUGUACGUGCUAUUGUGAAGGACGAAAAAGACGCUGAUGGUAAUAGCAGUGCGGGGUUACACAAAAAAGUACUAGAACUGUUUGGAAGAAUAACUUCAAUACAUCAGAACAAACCGGACAUAUGGCAAUUGUAUGCCGAUAUCAGUCCUACUUACUUGUUAAAGGCUCAGCGGUUGAUGAAAGCGUAUAAGGCGUAUACUUUGAGUGGCAAAUGGCCCAACAGUCCGAACACAUGCCAGAAAGUGAUAGAAUUAACGCAGUCGCUUCUUGAAUACAGCCUAAAAGCUCGUCAAGGGGCCGAAGAUAAAGAAAAACUGCAGGCCGACCAGCAAAUUUCUUCCGCCCGUUUGACCGGCCAGGCCGUCAUCAGAGCUGCAGAAAAACAAGACUGGCCCGAAACAAAGACUCAUCUUGAAGAGUUAAAACAACUUUUUAAUGAUGUUACUGAAUAUAUGAAAUCAAUUAUGUAAA